AAAAUGGCCAACGAAAACGAAAUCAGUAUUCCUGCUUCUUCAAAUAAUGAUGAUAUCUUUCAUGAUAUCGUUAUGCUCGAAGAAACAUUCCAUAAAAAGGGUUAUGUGGAAGGUAUAGAGCAGGGCAAGGAGAGUGGAGUAAAGGAUGGCUUCCAACUAGGCUAUGAUAAAGGCAAACAGAUUGGCAUAGAGAUAGGCACAUAUGCAGGCUUUGCAAAGACAUGGAAGGCAAUCCUAGAGCAGGAUGAACAACCAAAAGAAAAGGCCUUGAAGACACUGAAGGCUUUGAUAGAGCUGGUGGAACGUUUCCCCAGUGAUCCAGCCACAGAAAAUCUGUUUGAAAUACUGGAUAAGAUAAGAGCUAAAUUCAAACAGGCAUGUUCACUGCUUGGGGUGACACCUAUUGCAGCAUCUGGUGGUCCAACUGGGCUCUCAUUCUGA